UGGUUGAGCUCCAAAUCAUAUCCAAGAGGCGCAACCUCGGGACGCGCAGUCCCGGACGAUGACAGCAACGCGUUGAGCUCAUGUGACAAGUCCACGCAUUCCUGUAACAUUCAAAUAAAAGGCAGACAAAGUUUCGUUCCUUCCUAACCAAGCAUGAAGCCGUAAAACUUUCCACGCGGACAGAAUGUGGAAACCCACGGGGGGGCUCUCCCUCAGCUCCGCGGGACUGCGCGCCGCUGCCGCCGGGGUCACCUGCCUGCUGCUGACCGGCGUCCUGCUGCUGCUGACCGGCGCGCACCCGAAGGAGCCCCCGGCAGCGCGGCCAGGCUCCACGGCGUUCUCCGCGUAUAUCAGGACACUGGCCCGGGAGAGGAGAGCGGUAAGCGGGCCGCCGCGGAGCAGCGCGCCCCCCGGACCGGUGGAGCAGCUGUCCCCGGCGGACCUGUUCAUAGCGGUGAAAAGCACCGGGAGGUACCACCGGCUGAGGCUGGAGCUGCUCCUGGACACCUGGAUCUCCAGGAACCUGCCACAGACAUACGUGUUCACUGAUGGAGAGGAUGAAAGGCUGAGGAAGAGGAUGGGAACUCAUCUGAUCAACACCAACUGCUCGGCGGCCCACACCCGUCAGGCCCUGUCCUGUAAAAUGGCCCUGGAGUACGACACGUUUCUAAGCUCUGGAAAAAAGUGGUUCUGUCACGUCGAUGACGAUAACUACCUGAACGUGGGCUCCCUCCUAAAGCUCCUGUCUCAGUACAGCCACACGCAGGACGUUUACAUCGGCCGGCCCAGCCUCGAAAGGCCAAUCGAGGCCACAGAGACUCUAAGCAUGACUGAAAUGAAACGAGUCCGGUUCUGGUUCGCCACAGGAGGAGCCGGGUUCUGUCUGAGCAGGGGCCUUGCUCUAAAGAUGAAGCCCUGGGCCAGCGAAGGCGCCUUCAUGGCCACGGCUGAGCACAUCCGCCUGCCUGACGACUGCACCGUCGGUUACAUUGUGGAGGCGCAGCUGGGAGCGAGCCUCACCCGCUCAGCGUUGUUUCACUCCCACCUGGAGAACCUGGGCGUGGUGUCGGACAUACACAGCCAGGUUACUCUCAGCUAUGGCACUGUGGAAAACAGCAGGAACACUGUUAACGUGAAAGGACCGUUUUCCUUGAAAGAAGACCCCACCAGAUUCAGAUCUGUCCAUUGUCUGUUGUACCCAGACACGUCUUGGUGCCCCAGCCCCUGGUGACCUUUACUCCCAUCUAGAGACAAGAGAGGGAGCAAUGAACCGAUGGUCCCGGAGCAGAUUGUUGGUGCACGCUAACCUGCUCUGACAGGCAACAACAGGAAAUGUUUCCCACCCAUUCUGCAACAGUCCUCUUGAUCGAGCGACCGCAUUAGUUUGAACCUUGCACUCGGACUCUUUAAAGUGUCAGUCUGUGUCAAAAGGGCUAAAGACCAAGCCAGUGGUGGUUAAUCCCUUGUGUCUGAGUUAAAGAAAAACAGAGAGAAACUGUUGUGGUCCAGAAGAGAAGAGUCAAUUUGGCCUCGGGGGGGGGUGACGUUGUAAGUGCCGUCAAGUUGGGAGUAAAAAUGCAUCAGCUUUCAUUACCUGAGCGCUGCAUGCAGACAGAAACGGAGCUAAGAGAAACCCUGAACGCGCUCACUUUUCUUUUGUUUUUCAUGUGAAGAACCAGUUUGUGACUUUUUACAAAUAGGUGUCAAAGCUCAGCGUUUAAAUGAACCCUUAACCCCAAAGUGCAUCUUUAUGCUGAUGAUCAACGCCUUCAUUUCAGUUUUUUUUUUUUUUUUUUUGGUGUUCAGUUAAACCCAAAAUUAUUCAUACUCAAGGUAGAUUUAGGUUUAAAGUAACGUUUUCACUUUACCAACAUGUUUCUUCUGAUUGGACGUUUUGUGUAUGUUUUGGAGUGGUGCUAGAUUCUGUCGGGGUAGCUAAAGAUUAGGGUGAUGGCAAUAAUGCCUUCCAGCCUCAAAAAAGGCAAAACUCAUCAUCGAAGCUAGAAAAUCAAAACGCCGAUGCAAACAUGCAAAAAGCUGGUCAGCAAUUAGAGGAAGAGUUUAAGUGUAAUGCCAAUAAAUGUUUUUAAUUUACUUCUAGAAUAAUUAUACAAAUAAUGCAAUAUCAUUAAAUAAAUAGUACAAUUUCCUACACAACAUUUUUAUUACAAUAUUUUUUUUCCCCAAAUGGAUUUUACAAGAUUUCAAAUCUAAAAAUACCAGAGGUGUGAAUAGUUUAGGCCUAAUUAUAUGUCUGUGGCAGUGUUACAGUGUUUCUUCCCCAGGCUGUGUCUCUGAUGAACACAUUGAACACCUCACAGCCAGAGUGGUCAGCUACACUGCUGUGGAACAAAAUAAGCAUAUUUGCACUAUCACACACUCCCUUUUUUUCCUUAACAUAUUAUAAAAUGGACAUAGGCACAUGUACAUUCUACUGUUUAUAUAUUUAUAGCUAACGUCUACACUGUGAGCACUGUAGCCAAAGUCAGAUUCCUUGAUUGUGCAGUCAAGGCCAAUAAAGCUGAUUUUGAUGUCAGGCCACAGAUACUAUCGCGUUUGGAGGCUUCUUGUGUGAUUGAACAUGUUUCUAAAAAGAAGCUGUUUUCACAAGGAACAUUUUAGAAAUUAUAAAUAGUAAGCUUUUUUUAUAUAUAUAUCUCACCUUUCAUGCUGACGAGGAAUCAUCUUCUUUGCAGUAGCUGUUUUACAUCCUUUCGUUGUCAAGUUGCUUCUCUUUUAAAUUCUUGUUAAUUAUGACAACAUAUCAAGUCCUAAAUUGGGCCUGUGAUGCUUUUCGACACAACCUUGCUCCUUUUUAGCAUCCUCUGUAAUUCCUCUGUUGUAAAAACGGUUUCUUUAAGGGUGAGAGAAAGGAGCCUUUUCAGCCUCAUCGCUGAGUGUUCAUCAGAUCUCUAAACAAAGGACUGUCGAAGAAGUGAGGAAAUCUAGUAGUCACAUGCUAGUUAAAGAAAAACUCACCUUUUAACCCCAUGCUGAACAGUAUUAACCUCUUUUUAAUGUAUAUAACAGAACUGAGCACUUUGACGGUUUCUUUCUGACAGCAGAGAAAUAAGCAUAGUGUGACAUUUUCAUAGAUCAGCCUUUUUUCAGGGCAUUUAAUAACCAUUACUGUAAACAGACUGUUUCUGUCCUCUCCUCAACAAAGCUAAAGAGCGCUAACCUGGAGUCCCUGAAUGUCAUGUAUUUUUCUGUAAACUAAAUUUCUAACAAUUCCAGUAAAAUCUUGGUGGCCCUCGCCCGUUUUAAUCCGGGUAAAUUGAUGAAUUGUGAUCAGAGCGACGUUUGGACUGCUCCUAAUGUGCCGCGGCAGUCCAGCCCGAAGGUAACUCAUGUUGAGUUGGAUCUCGUCUUCCUGUGCAUCGGUCCACAGUUUGUGUCCCGCUGUGCUCCGUGCUCUCUCCAGUAUCUGGAUUGUAUGUAGACAAUAUGGUAAUAAAAAAAAACUAUUAUGAAGAAA